AGACCAUAGAGUUCCAUGCUGGCCUGUCAUCAUUGCCCCGAAAAACAAACAGGGAACGAAGAUCAAUGUACAUAUAAAUUCCUCUUUCCUCUUUCCUCUUUCCUCUUUCUCACACACAUUUUUCAUUCACAUUCCUUUUAUAGUUGUACUCCUUUUCUUGCAAAGGCGUGCAUUGCAUUGAAUUUGCAUAUUCACCCAUCAACUGCCCCCACAUACAACUACAACUACUAUAAAGUAGCAAUUCAUACGUCCAUUUUGAUCUCCUUUUUCCAGUUUUUCUGGGUAUUUUUCUACUUAUUCUGGUGUCAAUUCAGACAAUGGGGAGAUUGUUUCUGAUCACAUUGGAAGGGCGGAUUUACAGCUGUAGACAUUGCCGUACCCACCUGGGCAUCGCCGAUGAUAUCCUUUCUAAGGAAUUCCACAGCAGAAAUGGCACGGCUUAUCUUUUUGACAAACUUGUGAAUGUAUCUGUUGGAGAGAAAGAAGAGCGUCUGAUGAUGACAGGACUGCACACGGUGGUAGACAUAUUCUGUGUUGGCUGUGGCUCCCUUAUGGGAUGGAAAUAUGAGGCUGCAUACGAGGUGAGUCAGAAGUACAAGGAAGGGAAAUACAUACUGGAGAGACAUCAGGUAUACGGUCCAACUGGAAUUGCAUAUCCUGUCAUUCAAGAUCCUCACGAUGACGACACAGAUAACACGGAUGAUUGACAUGACUCAUCUUUGUGUACAUUCUUUCAAACCAUAUUAUAGUGAUCCCGGUAAUAUUUUGUACUUCAUCAUAGUAUAGUACUGAUUAAUAUCAAUAGGGGUGAGUAAUUCUUGAAGGUAGUAGAGUAACAGCUGCUAUGGGGUUUUUUGUUGAUUAGCAGCCAAUUGAUUUUGGCACAGUAUUAUUGUAUCACACAGGCAUUGUUUGGGCCUUACUUCAUACUAUAUGGUUUGGUCUGAUUCUUUUUUGUUUAUGUGAAGAAAUGAUGUGAAAUGUGGAGCAUCUUUGUA